AACAGUUAAAAAGUGUAAAUACUACUCUAAUUGUUUCUAAUUUAUUUAUGGUAACUAUUUCACACUAAUCGCAUUUAUAGUAUACAGUGAUUUAUUAAAAGUCCGAAUUUUCAAGUGUAACAAAUUUUUAAACUGACUUCCCGAUAUGCAACGGUUUGUCCUUGAAAAAAAUUUUAUCAAUCAACCUUGACUUUUUAUUUGACAGUAAUUUUUAAAAGACUGCGAUUCCGCGUGACUCUUAUAUUAAUAUUUCAAUAAUAGUUUUUUCUUCUGUAUUGCUAAUUUAGCAACUUUAUAUAUUCAAUAGUUCAAGAAAUACAUGUGAAUCACCCCAGUUUGUUACUAUAAAUUAUUUGAUCGCUCUUUAACCAAUGAUUCAUUUUGUAUAUUUCAUAACUUUUUUUUUUUUAAGUGUUCCUUAUAACCUCCGCUUCGUACUUAAUUCAAACCUCUCGGAAUGCGACUUUGCAGUAUCAAUAAGUGCUGGUACCCCCAACAAAAAAUGUCGGCAACUAUGUAAUGAUAACUCGUCCGAUUUUGAAAAAUUUUGUGUCUAUGUUGAAUAUGAUCGGGAAUCAGGUCAACUCUCGUCAGAAAACGAUAAAUGUUUUAGUUCUUACGUUCCUGGAUACUCUGAUGAAGCUUUUUCAACUAAAAAACCGCAUGAGAUGGAUAAGCUAUUUACUGAUUUGAAAGACUAUGAGAAAAACCGAAGUAAAUUACAAAUGUUGGCGUUUGUAGGUCUUUACAAACUGGGACCUAAAAGUUUUAUUGAAUGUCAGGAAAUGUGUCAAAAUGACCCACUUUGCGAAUAUUUUGUUUUUCGAUUGGUCCCUGAUGAGUAUGAAUCACCGGAUGCUCAAUACGCGCAGCGUAGAGGAUGUUUACUAAAAACAAAAAGAAGCGUUAAAGAAGCUUAUGAUAUACAGUUUAUUGUUGAAGACGGAGUUGUUGUUACGGAAGGCUAUUCAUGGGAAUUCUGCAACCUUAACAUGGGUUUUCAAUGUCGUUUUCGUGGAUAUGAUUGUCAAAUAUGUGAUGACAUUCAAAGAUGUGUUUGGAAAAGUUCUUUUUUCAUAAGUGGACCGAAAUAUUGUCCUGAAACUUUUGAAUUUUGCCCAAACCCCAAACUCCCGUUUGUACCAUCAGUUCCAACUCCCGACCCUUCAACGCCGACACCACCUACUAGCGGUUUCCCGCCGUCACCAGAUCCAAGCAGCUCAACGUCGUCACCAGAUCCAAGCAGCUCAACGUCGUCACCAGAUCCAAGCAGCUCAACGUCGUCACCAGAUCCAAGCAGCUCAACGUCGUCACCAGAUCCCAGCAGCUCAACGUCGUCACCAGAUCCCAGCAGCUCAACGUCGUCACCAGAUCCAAGCAUCUCAUCGGCGACGCCACCUGAUAACCCUUCAUCGACUUUCCCUCCAAUAGAAGCCUCCUCCACGAUCCCACCAUCAAACGACUGGACAACAGCAAAAGAGAAUGAUUCAAAUGAAAUGGAAGUUAACACAGACGAUCACGAGAAACAAGAGGACUUCAAUGAGACAAUACCUGUGAAACCACAACCUACUCAAUCGAAGAAGGGAUCUCCUAUUAUAGCUCCUGCCGUAGCUGGAGUCGUAGGCGUGGCUGCAGCCUUAGGUUUAGUAGGCAUGCGUAUGAUGUCAAGUCCAACAAUUCAAGAACCUGAAAUGUUUUUUUCCAAUAAUGAAAACGAGUAUUUUAAUGAUGAGACUCGUAAUCUUGUAGCCAAUGUCGAUAAUUCAAUGUUCACCUAGACUCUUAUAAAUAAACAUAAUAUAUGAAAGGCAAAAAAAAAUGAUUUACAUAGCCACUGUUUUUUUUUUUUUUUUUUAGAGUUGAUUUUAAUCGACAUAUGUAAAAUUAUUAUAAUUAGUAUUCAAGAUCAAAUUAUUUAAAGUAUUUGAUUUACUUUACAUAAAGUUGCACCGAUUCAAUUUUUUAGCGUAAUAACAUAGUCGGCGUUUUCCAAAACAUUGCAACAUUUGAAUUAGCAAAAUAGAGGUGAAAAAUCAAAAUACUGAAAAACUGCAACAAUAUGUUAAUGGAAAACAAGAUCCAGAGUCAAUCCGAUUCAUUUUCCAUUACAAAUGGUAAUAAUACGUAGAAAGUUAUUAUGAAGCAACAGUAAAUAUAUGAAAAAAACUCAAUAUAAAUGGACAUAUGUUUCUCAACACCAAUUAUUUCGUUACAUGAUUAUCAUUAAAAAAUUGUAAAAAUCAUUUAUAAUUUUUUUUU